CAGGAGGGGAGGAAAACGCCGAGUGAGCCGGGGAGGGGCUCCUUAAAGAAACGCUGCCAUCUCUGGCAUAUUCCGGCCACAAAGAAGUCGGGGAGCUGCUCCUGCGCCCACUGGAUACAAGCUGGGGGGACCCCCUGACAGCGCUGACCGCAGAGGACCGCCGCAGCCUCGCUGCCACCUCGCCUUCCUUUGUGUCUGCAGCCAGCGCUGAGGCGACGGGAGCGCCGGAGCUGACCAUGCCCAGCUCGCUCUUUGCAGACAUGGAGAGGUCCGGGAGCGGAGGAGGCGAGACCCUGGACGACCAGCGGGCUCUGCAGAUCGCCCUCGACCAGCUCUCCCUGCUGGGGCUGGACAACGACGAGGGCUCCAUCUACGACAACGAGCCCCGGAAAAAGAGCGUCAACAUGACGGAGUGUGUGCCGGUGCCCAGCUCCGAGCAUGUGGCGGAGAUCGUGGGGAGACAAGGUUGUAAAAUCAAAGCUCUGCGGGCGAAGACCAACACCUACAUCAAGACCCCGGUCCGCGGGGAGGAGCCUGUCUUUGUUGUGACUGGGAGAAAGGAAGAUGUAGCCAUGGCCAGGAGAGAGAUCAUCUCGGCAGCAGAGCACUUCUCCAUGAUCCGAGCUUCUCGCAAUAAAAACGCUUUAAAUGGGGGGUCGGUGCCCGGACCUCCAAACCUUCCUGGGCAGACCACCAUCCAGGUGCGGGUGCCCUACAGAGUGGUGGGUCUGGUGGUGGGACCUAAAGGGGCUACUAUCAAGAGGAUCCAACAGCAGACCCACACCUACAUUGUCACCCCCAGCAGGGAUAAAGAGCCCGUCUUUGAGGUCACUGGAAUGCCGGAGAACGUGGAUCGAGCUCGGGAGGAGAUUGAGGCUCACAUUGCUGUGCGCACCGGAGGGCUUAUAGAGCUGACCGACGAGAAUGACUUUCAUGCCAAUGGGACUGAUGUUGGCUUUGAUUUGCACGGCACAGGGAGCUUGUGGAGCAAACCCACCCCAGGUGUAAACUCCAGCACGGGUUCCCGCAAGGCUUUCUCCAAUUACCGCAAUGACAGCUCCAGCUCCCUGGGCAGUGCCUCCACUGACUCUUACUUUGGGGGCAACAGUGGCUCCAGGCUGGCAGAUUAUAGCCCUCCCAGCCCUGCCCUCAGCUUCACCAACAAUGGUAACAAUAACAAUAACGUGAAUGGCAAUGGAUAUGUGUAUGCCAGUGACAGCAUCUCGCCAGACUGCACCGAGCUGGCCUUUGACUCUGCUUUUGACCCAGCGCCAGCUCCACCUGGCACUACUUUGAUCUGGUCCCAGUUUGAACGCAGUGGCACAAGCAGCGUCUCCCAAUCCCCACCUUACCAAAACAAUGCCAAUGGGUUGCUGUCUAACAGGCGGCUCAAUGGGGUUGGCUGCACUGCUCCGCCCAGGCUCUCUCCUCCUUUGCACGGAAGCAGCGUGGUCCAUGAGCAUCCUUUAGCGCGCAGGGUGCGCAGUGACCCCGGAGGUGGCCUGAGCUACUCCACCUACACUAAUAUGGGCUCCGACUCCUCUUCUUCCUCGUCCUCCAGCAGCAGCAGCAGCUCUUCCUCUUCUAGCUCGUCUUCCUCUUCGUGUGGCAUGAGGAGGAAAGGCAGCCGCGACUGCUCCAUCUGCUUUGAGAGUGAGGUGAUCGCAGCCUUGGUACCCUGCGGCCACAACCUAUUUUGCAUGGAGUGUGCCAACCGCAUCUGCGAGAAGACCGAGCCUCAGUGCCCAGUGUGUCACGCAGAAGUCACUCAGGCCAUCCGCAUCUUCUCCUAGAACACUCGAGCAGCCUUCUUUAUUCCAGUACUAUGACUAGAAAUACAUAUAGCUACAUUCCCACUUGUAUGGUGCCAUACACGUGUGUUUGUGUUUUGUACAUAUAUAUAUUAUUUACCAGAACCCUUAAUAUAUUGUAAUAUAUUAAUAUGCAAAUAAUAUAUAUAUAAUAAUGUGAUGUUGCUUAUCUUACCCCCUCAUUCUUUGUAUGCUUGAGGGGCUCAUAUAUAUGUCUUUGUAGUUGCCUUUCAGGCCAUUCUAAAGGCAAACAAUGGUUUUACGCCGGGGGCCAGAUGUCAAAUAGUAACUGCAUGUCUCACUAAACGAGGGCCCCCCCCCCCCUUUGGUGCGAUUUUUCUCAGUGGUACCCACAUUGUGUAUAUAGCUUGCAGCAACCAAUUUACAUGUGCCCUCCCCCACUCCACUCCAGAAGCAAUAUUGAUUUGUGUUCUCUAAUAUCUCUGCCAUUUGCAGUGGGGCCUGUCUCUCGAAGUCAGUCUGGAGGUGGUCACAUGGUCGGUUUAUAACCCCUUUCUCCAGGGAGGUCCUGCUCUUGGAUGCUGGGGAUUCUUGACGGUUGAAGGGGUUAAAAUCUGGUGGCAAGGCCUGGAGUUGUUGAGACCAGGCCUGUUACUGUAAAAUAAUUGGUUUCUACCUUGCCAAGUGGGAAUGUGGCUCUAAAGCUGCAGUAUCUGCACAUUUCUUUAGACUUUUUAUUAUUAUUAUUUUAUUUUUUUAAAGGGAACUUGCUGAACACUAUCCCGUGGCCAUUUAUUGUAGCCGAGGGGGAGAAUCCUACAUUUUAUUGCAUGCUCUGACUAUGAACAAAGAACAGCAGUUUUACACUGUACAGUACUUUAAGACAAAUCUUCCAAAAUAUAUAUAUAUAUUUUUUAACUUUUUUUUUUUUUGUUAUGCUUGUUACGUGUGGCUUUUUAGGUUAUACAUAUAAUAUUUUGACAAGCGGAGUGAUAUUUUUAUUUUUAUUUUUUUUUAGACCUUGAAUUUUUAUUUUCUUAUGAUUUUUAAUAUUUUUUUUAUUUUUUUUUCUCUUUUGUGUGUCUUUCUCCAGAGAUGAAAAUGGGGGAAACAAAAGCUCCGUAGAGAACCCCAUGAUACUGCAGCUUUAAGAACGUAAUAUUAAAUUGUAACAUAUCUUCUAUAAAUAUAUAAAUAUAUAUGAUUAUAAAAAAAAAAAUAUGGUUUUAAAAGACGAAUUGCAUUAAUACAGAUUGAAGUAUUUUAUUCUUUUUUGACUUGAAAAAAAUUAUAUUUCAUAUUGCAAAGAUGUUUACAAGUAUUUUAAUUUUAAGUUCAGUGAACUUUUUUUGUAGCUGGGGUUUAAAUCUUUUAUUUUUAGUAUGGCCUUCUGGCAAAGAACACUGUAUUAUUUUAAUAUCACACAGGUGAAGUUUGGGAUGGGGGGGAGGAGGGGUUAAAAAAACAAAAAACACACACACACACACAACCAUAAACUGCAAAAGUGUUUUGAACAGUAUUGUGUUGGGCUGGAGAUUUUUUUUGUUUUUAUAGGUUCCUG